AAUUAUGAAUGCUCAGUUGAGAAUGACCGUGGCCUCGCCAAGAUCCUCGGAAAGGCUGCACUAUUCUAGGACUAGCGUGGUGGCGUCCGAUUCGAUGAUGGUGGGGCAGAACACGCCGCCAAAAUCAAUUCUUCGAGUCUUGCAACCCAAGCACAGAAAAAAACCUCAAAUUCGCCCCAACCUGACGGGCCGUAUAUAAUUCCCAAGAGGUUUCUCCCCUUCUUACUUUCCUUCCUCCCGCUAGUUUCCCACAAUACCCCUUUUCCCCGCCUUUAUCCAUUUUUCAAUCGCACCAUCACCUCAAACUGCAGAAUGGCUGACCAGAUCACUCAUCCGACCAUUAAAGAUGGCUGGUUCCGCGAGAUUUCUGACAUGUGGCCGGGUCAGGCUAUGACACUCAAAGUCAACCAGGUCCUUCAUCAUGAGAAGAGCAAGUACCAGGACGUGCUCAUCUUCGAAUCCAGCGACUAUGGAACCGUGCUGGUCCUCGACAAUGUUAUACAAUGUACCGAGCGCGAUGAGUUCUCAUAUCAAGAGAUGAUUACACACUUGGCGAUGAAUUCCCACCCAAAUCCUGAAAAGGUUCUAGUCAUCGGAGGCGGUGAUGGAGGUGUACUUCGUGAAGUUGUGAAGCACGAGUGUGUAAAGGAGGCUAUUCUCUGUGACAUUGAUGAGGCUGUCAUCCGUCUUUCCAAGAAGUAUCUGCCUGGCAUGUCGGUUGGUUUCCAGCAUCCCGCCGUUACAACCAUCGUCGGGGAUGGGUUCAAAUUCCUUGAGGACAGGAAGAACGAGUUUGAUAUCAUCAUCACUGACUCUAGUGACCCCGAAGGCCCAGCAGAAGCUCUCUUCCAGAAAGCCUAUUUCGAGCUUCUGAACGGUGCUCUCCGGGAAGGUGGUGUCAUCACCACUCAAGCUGAAAACCAAUGGCUUCACAUGCCCCUGAUUGUCAACCUCAAGAAGGCAUGCAAGGAAGUCUUCCCCGUCGUCGAGUACGCGUACACGACUAUUCCUACGUACCCUUCCGGCCAGAUCGGCUUCAUGGUCUGUUGCAAGGAUGCCAAUCGCGACGUGAAGAAGCCACUCCGUAGCUGGUCCGAGGAAGAGGAGGAGAAGCUGUGCAAGUACUACAGCAAGGCUAUCCACGAAGCUUCAUUCAUCCUUCCCAACUUCGCGCGAAAGGCUCUCCGAUGAGUCGCGCACAAGGGCGCCGCAUGCGCCUGGAUAUUUUAUUUCAUCCUUCUCUACGGUCAAGAGAUACCACGCCCUUUGGUGGAUAGAAAAAGCUCAUGUUUCAGUUACACUUUGCGCCCGGCGGUUAGCAAAGGGCCAAGUCCUCUUGCCGCCAAGAGUGAAUCUACAAUAAUUCAGAACUAGAAGCUAACGAAAUGUGAAGGCAUUAUCACAGUUUGAUUUAGAGUGAGAUAUCAUUAAUCU